GUCUGUCCACAGGGGCCACAGUUUCUUUGAGUCAAAACUCUAGAAAGCAUCAAAAAUGAGCGGAAGAGGCAAAACCGGAGGCAAAGCCAGAGCUAAGGCCAAGACCCGCUCCUCUCGGGCCGGGCUCCAGUUCCCAGUCGGUCGUGUCCACAGGCUGCUGCGUAAAGGAAACUAUGCGCAGCGUGUGGGAGCCGGCGCCCCCGUCUACCUGGCGGCUGUGCUGGAGUACCUGACCGCUGAGAUCCUGGAGCUGGCUGGAAACGCUGCCCGCGACAACAAGAAGACCCGGAUCAUCCCCCGUCACCUGCAGCUGGCUGUCCGCAACGACGAGGAGCUCAACAAGCUGCUGGGUGGAGUCACCAUCGCUCAGGGCGGCGUGCUGCCCAACAUCCAGGCUGUUCUGCUGCCCAAGAAGACCGAGAAGGCCGCCAAGAAGUAAAGCUGGAGACCCGCUCCCUGCUGGAAACAGCCCCACAAAGGCUCUUUUAAG